CAUAAUUAGAAUUUCCGAGAAGGGAAAAACUCUUCCGGAAAUGACCACGGAUUUCUUUCAAUUCGAAGAAUUCGAUGAGUUUUAUCAUGAAGCUCAAAAGAGAGAGGAAAUCGAUCAGUUGAGCAGCGAUGAAGAAGAGAUCGAUACUGAGGAGACAAAAGCUUUUUGGGAAUCACAGCAUCAGCUUCUCCAAGAAGCUUUAUCUCGUCGGAGUUCGACGGAGGUGAGGAUCAAGAGAGAUACAGAGGAGGCGAUUAAAAAAAUGGAAUCUUGUGGUUCGAUCUGUGAUUGUUUGAAAGAAUGCCGACGGAAUUGUGCGCUUAGAUAUGUAACUGAUCGUCUUCGUGAUGCUGGGUAUAACAGCGCCCUUUGCAAAUCAAAGUGGCGGCGGUCGCCUGAGAUUCCUUCAGGCGAACACUAUUUCGCGGACGUAGUCGUAGAAUCAAAGAACCCAAAAAAGGACCCAAUCCGGGUCGUGGUCGAGCCCAACUUCAGAGCAGAGUUCGAGAUGGCUCGAGCGAACGCCGAGUACAACACCCUCGUCCGCAAACUCCCCGAGAUCUUCGUCGGCAAGUCCGAGGGACUCCGUCACGUGAUCAAAAUAGUGUGCGGGGCAGCGAAGAAGUGCAUGAAGGAUAAUAAGAUGCACAUGGCACCGUGGAGGAAGCACAAGUACAUGCUCUCCAAAUGGCUCGGCACGUGCGAGAGGGUCACGCCGGGCGCUUCGACGACGGCGAUGGUUUUGGAGAGGUCGGCGUCGGGGUCUCCAGCGUCGAGGCCGAGGGCUUCGAUGCUGACGUUUGAUCUGCGUUGCACAGCUGUGAAGGUCAUGUGAGGUUGGUGGGAGUAAGAGAAGUAGUAUAUGUCUUCUUGCAAUUUUGGUAUGGGUUUAUGUGAAUGAUUGUGUUGGGAACUUGGAUUUGUGUUGGCGGAGAUGUAGUAUUGUAAUUAGCAUAGAGUGGCCAUUCCUGUUGUAAGUAUGAGAUUAGCUAUAACAAGGGAAGUAAGAAGGUUUAGUUGCCAA